GGAGCUGGGAAGCUCUUAAGCAGAUGGCAAGCAACAGACUCGAACAAGCAUGGCUGUCUUCAAAAUCCCAAGGAGGAGCCUUUGCUUUCUCUCUUCCCCCCACACUCACAAUUGCUAUUACUGCUUAUGCUUCUCCACCGCCACCACAACCGCUUGGUACAACCAACCACCAACACCUCACAAUGAAGACCCAAAGCUCUCAGCCAUCUCCGACGCCAUUAAAACCACCACCCAAAACUCUCAGCCUCUGGACUCCUCUCUCAGAAAGCUCCUCCCUUCCCUCACAGCCCGUGACGUUAUCAACCUCAUCAACCUCAACCCCCACUCUCUCUCCCCUCUCUCUCUCCUCUCCUUCUUCAACUGGCUCUCUUCUCACCCCACGUUUCGCCACAACAUCCAAUCCUAUUGCACAAUGGCCCACUUCCUCUGCGCUCACCGAAUGUAUCUCCAAGCUCAGUCCCUCCUACGAAUCGUCGUUUCUCGCAAAGGCAAGGAGACUGCAUCCUCCGUCUUCGCUUCCAUUCUCGAAACUAGAGGUACUCACCAGUCCAAUUAUGUAUUUGAUGCUUUGAUGAAUGCGUACGUGGAUUGUGGUUUUGUUUCUGACGCAUGCCAGUGCUUUAGAUUGCUUAGGAAGCAUAAUUUUCGAAUCCCAUUUCAUGCUUGCGGCUGUUUGCUUGAUAAGAUGCUCAAGUUGAACUCGCCCGUUGUGGCUUGGGGAUUUUAUUUGGAGAUUUUGGAUUCUGGGUUUCCACCAAAAGUGUAUAAUUUCAAUGUUUUGAUGCACAAAUUGUGUAAAGAAGGUGAAAUUAGAGAAGCCCAGUUGGUGUUCGAUGAAAUUGGGAAACGGGGUCUGCUUCCGACUGUAGUUAGUUUCAAUACUUUGAUUAAUGGGUAUUGUAAGUCUAGGAAUCUGGAGGAGUGUUUUAGGUUGAAGAGAGAUAUGGAGGAAAGCAGAACACGUCCUGAUGUAUUUACUUACAGUGUUUUGAUCAAUGGGCUGUGCAAGGAGCUUAGGUUGGACGAUGCAAAUUUGUUGUUUGAUGAAAUGUGUGAGAGGGGUUUGGUUCCGAAUAAUGUCACAUAUACUACUUUGAUUGAUGGGCAGUGUAAGAAUGGAAGAAUUGAUUUGGCAAUGGAAGUGUAUCAGAAAAUGUUGGGGAUUGGUAUCAAACCAGAUGUAAUUACAUAUAAUACACUCAUAAAUGGCCUUUGCAAAGUUGGAGAUUUGAAAGAAGCGAGGAAGCUUAUUGAGGAGAUGAAUAUAGCAGGUUUGAAGCCUGACACGAUCACUUAUACUACGCUUAUUGAUGGAUGCUGCAAAGAAGGAGAUCUACAAUCGGCUCUAGAGAUAAGGAAGGGAAUGAUUAAACAAGGGAUUGAGCUUGACAAUGUAGCUUUCACAGCCCUUAUUUCGGGAUUGUGUAGAGAAGGAAAAACACUUGACGCUGAAAGAACGUUGAGGGAGAUGUUAAAUUCUGGCAUGAAACCUGAUGAUGCCACAUAUACGAUGAUCAUUGACGGGUUUUGCAAGAAGGGUGAUGUUAAGAUGGGUUUUAAGUUGCUCAAGGAGAUGCAGGGUGAUGGCUAUGUACCUAGUGUUGUAACCUAUAAUGCGCUUAUGAAUGGACUAUGCAAGCUAGGACAGAUGAAAAAUGCUAAUAUGCUUUUGGAUGCUAUGAUUAAUUUGGGGGUGGCUCCAGAUGACAUUACAUACAACAUUCUCUUAGAAGGGCAUUGCAAGCAUGGAAACCCUGAGGACUUUGAUAAGCUACGGAGUGGAAAAGGGCUUGUUCUUGAUUAUGCUUCUUACACUUCGCUAGUUAGUGAAUUCAAUAAAUCUUCGAAGGAUCGCCGAAAGAGAUGAUUGGAGCAAGUUGUUGGAAAAUAGUGGUUUAAGUCAAAUUUGGUUGGUCUGGUGAUUAGGUCUUAACUUAAGGAUUUCAAAGUGACUCAAAUCAACAGAAAGGAACAAGUGACUUGAGAUACUUGCAUAUANACACUACAACAGUACAACAGAAAGCAUUUUUCUGAUACAAGUAAACUGCAGUCAAAANCAGUUGAAAAUACGAGCAUUGGAAUAAAUCCUUUUCUAUCAAACUGUUAAGGGAAUCCGAAGAACUAUCAGAUAGAAAAAGAAAUCUGUCAAAUAUUUGCUGCGGCCAGUCCAAAUCCNUCAAGGAUGGAAAGAUCGUCGACAUUCUAUCCGGACAUGGCCAGACUAUAACAACAGAAGUGUGCUCAGNCAAGGUAUUUUUCAAUUUUCAUGCGUUGGCACUUUUUUGAGUCUUAAGCGACCGAAUAUGAUCAAAGGAUGCUCUACUGUCCAUGUUAAA